AUGAAGUUCUUCUACUCUUGCGCCUUUUUGGUUGUCUUCUUCGCGGCCUGCCAGGCCAGUCCUUUCUUCGGCUUGGGUUCCUUGAAGAACGUUGCAGGAAGGGUUACCACUGACUUGAAGGAAAUUGGAGGAAAAGUGACCGAUAUCAAUGCAAUUGUUUCCAAUUUAGCAACAGAUGCUGUCGCCAAAUUGUUAGACAAUGUUUUCAAAGUAUUCCAGAGCACAGGAAACAGCAUAAGUGUUAUUGAAAAUGCUAUCAAAAAUACUCAAAAUCAAGUUGGUGAAAAACUUAAAAACAUCUUAAGUGGUGUUGCUGAGCAAUCUUUAGAAAAAAUUCAAGAAGUCACUGGCCAAGCUGUAGAGAAUAAGGAAGCUUUCGUCAAGGAUGUGCAAGAUGGAGUUGACAACUUAGUCAACGAUUUCCUUAAGAGCUAUGAGUCAGCAACUGAUGGUAUCAAUGCCAUGAAGGAUAACCUUCUCGAACAACAGGGCAAGGUUUCUGAACUGGUAAAGGACAAAAUCCAGAAUUUGGUACAAGAUUUUACUGCUAAAACUAAGGAUCUAAGCGGAGUCGGCAAAAAUGUAGUUGCUGCAAAGCAGAAGGCUGCCGAAGACUUAGUAAAAGGAAUCAGUCAAGUGGCAUCAGAUGUCUCCAGCAAAUUGGGAAGCGUUUUGGAACAAGUUAAGGACAUCAAGGACAAGGUCCAAGAAGCACAGGUCGAGAAAGUCAGGGAGAUGGUCGAACAGGCCAACAAUUUGGUGAGAGAAGUCGCUGAGAAGUUUACCGAGGCUAAAGACAAAAUCCCAGAAGUAACACAGGCCCUUAGUGAAACAGUAGCUAAUCAAAUCAAUUCUGGAGUUGGAGUGAUCCAACAGGGUAUGAAGGUUGCACUCAACGGAGUUAACACUGUUCAAAGCAUUGUUGGCAAUGUUGUUGGUCAAGUUCAAAACAUCGUAGGAACUACACUUGGACAAGUCCAAAACGUCAUUGCCAGCACUGUUGGACUAGCCCAAAACGUUGUUGGUACUGCUCUUGAUACAACCCAAAACAUUGUUGGUGGUACCCUCGACAAAGUUGCCGAUUUGACAACUGGAACCAUCCAAGGCGCCGCUGAUCUUGCUAAAGGAUCAGUUCAGCUUGGAACUGACACUGCAAAAUCCGUUGUAGGAAAAGUCAUCGGCAUCCCUUCCUCCUUCAUUAAGGGUUAA